CACGGAUGAAGGUUAGGAUUAACCUAAUAUAAUGAGCGGAUUCAUCGAGUAGAGUCGACAUUAUCGAGUCAUAAAUCCGUGUCGUUGUCAAUAACAGAUAUCCUUGGUAGAGUCCAAGUUUAUUACAAUGACAUGAAAUACGUUGGCAGUUUUGAUCUUUAAAAGUUUUUGUGCGAAAACAAAAAAUUAGAAAUUAAGGACAAGUGGUAUUUUACAAAUAUCGGACAAAUAUCGGAUUAAAGAAAAAUAAAAACAUUAGUAAUUGUGCAAAAAAUGGCAUCAAAAAUUCUGUUUCGUGAAACAAAUCGGACGUUAUGCGAUCGCAUAAUACACGGCAGGUUGAACUUGUCAAAUCCCAGAUAUAAUCCUAACGUAGCGUGUAAUGUAGUGUCAAUGUCUUCGUUGCCACCUGAUAGUCCGAUGAACGUGUUCAACAGGAAGACGAAGCUUCUGCAGCGCGAACGUGCUGCAAAGAACGCUGACGUCCACCUGUAUGACUACCUCAAGGACGAGGUGGGUGACAGGUUGUCCGACCGGAUAUUCGACAUUAAACGAAAGUUUGGCAGGGUUCUUGAUUUAGGAUGCGGUCGCGGUCAUGUAUCCAAGCGAAUUGUCGGCGAAUCCGUGGAGGAAUUGGUAUUAGCUGAGAUGAGUCCAAGUCUCUUGCAGCAAGCCAGUAGUACGGAAGGAGUGAGGAUCAAGAAGGAAGUUGUUGAUGAGGAGAAUGUAGUCUUUGAACCUAACAGUUUCGACAUGGUGAUUAGUUGUUUGAGUCUUCACUGGAUUAAUGAUCUCCCUGGAUGUUUCCAACGUAUAAAUAGUAGUUUGAAGAAUGACGGAGUCUUUCUGGCAGCUAUGUUUGGUGGUGAUACUCUUUAUGAAUUGAGAUGUUCCUUGCAAUUAGCUGAACUCGAGAGACAUGGUGGGAUUUCGCCACAUAUUUCACCCUUCGUAGAGAUUAGGGAUGUUGGAUCUCUAUUAACGAGAGCGAAUUUUACUAUGUUGACUAUUGAUACUGAUGAAAUAGUCAUCGGUUAUCCGAGUAUGUUUGAGCUUAUGUGGGAUUUGAAAGGAAUGGCAGAAAAUAAUGCAGCCAAGAAUCGUAACUUGCACCUACCAAGAGAUACACUAAUUGCAGCAGCAUCUAUAUAUAAGCAUAUGUAUAAAAGUAUCAGAGAAGAUUCCGUUCGUGCCACAUUUCAAAUAAUAUAUAUGUUGGGAUGGAAACCAGAUGCGUCUCAACCAAAGCCUCUCGAGAGGGGAACAGGAGAAGUAUCGCUCAAAGACCUGUAUAAGCUCGACGAAAUCAUUAAAAGCAGUAAGAAAAUAAAACUAGAUGAUAAUGAUAAAUAGCAUAUUAAAUAGUUUUUAUUAAUUGCAUAUUGAAUUAUGUAAAUACUCUAAUAUAUCAUGUGUAAAAAAACCUAAUGUAUUAUAUAAAUUUAUUUUCAAAUAAUAGGCAUAAAAAAAUAAUUUAUU